AUGAAUAACGUGAAUUGUGACAUCACCAGAGGCCGCCUUUUCUAUUUUGUUUUUGCCGAGAACACACUUCAGGGGGUGGAGUGUGUACACCUGGAAAACAGCGGGCACGUUUGGCGAGACGUCGCCAUGGCAGCAACAUGACCUUUUGUUAGACGGUAGAAUAGAAGACGAUCUCCCACAUCUUGGGACGUACCAAAUACUGGACGAGGAUACAGUCGCGAAGGUGGUAUGUCUUAACACAAAACUCGCGGAGGUACUCUGGAAUUUCAGAUAUCAUCACAGUGUCAGUGAAUCGUCCGACGGCACCAUGAGCACGGCGGCGCCAGUGACGAAUGUGACCAGUGCAGCAGUAGUACCGUGGAUCCAGACGGUACCAGCAGUGUUCACCAUACUGGGCUGUAUCUUCCUGUUCGCCACCAUACUCAUUUGUCUCAACCUGACGUUCUGCAAGGCAUGGUGGGAACGGACGUGCAGCUGCUGUGGAAGAACAGGAUUUGAGAAAGUUGUCGACGAAGAUGAGGUUAAGGGAACACUGUGGAUCCCUGGCGGUGACGUCACCAGGGUACAGAACAAAAGGUCGACAGAUAUCUACAGGGCCCCGUUAGUUGACGAGGCGUGGCAAGAUGGCGGCCAGUCGUCCCGUCUGGAUGGACAUGACGGCCACACGGAGGAGGACCUUCGUGGUCUGGUGAUGGCAGCCGGUGUGAAGGGCUCCAGGUUCAGUUUACGGUCAGGGCUGAGACAUGAUAACGUGAGUCGUCCUGCCAGCCGAACUGAGGUCAGAGCGAACAGUACCGAGCUGAUUGACCUGGAAGAGGAAGAUACCAUUGGAUCUAUCCGUCCGGACACAACCGGCUCUUUGAGACCGGACACAGCUGGUUCUUUGAGACCGGACACAGCUGGUUCUCUGAGACCGGGUACGGCUGAUUCGAUAAAGUCAUUCACAGCUGGUUCUAUAAGACCAGAUACAGCUGGCUCUCUGAGACCAGACACAGCCGGCUCGCUCCGGUCUGACACCGGGCGGUCCAGCGCCAGGCUGCGGCGGCCCGCCAGCGCGGGGUCCGAGGGCAGGCCGGAGACGGCCGAGGAGCGCUGGGGCAGGAAGCCGGACGGUCUCGUCGAGGAGGAGGAAAGGCAGAAACUUCUUGCCACCUUGCCAUUGCGCCAGCGAGAAGAACUGCAGCACGUGACGUCACUGGUGGAGGUACGGGCUCGGGUAGAGCGGUGGAAGAACAAGAACAGAAUGAAACGUCGACAACAUAAGGUGGAGCCGGGUGUGACGUCCGUGGACACUGUGUCUACGUCAUCGGACACCCUCAGCUCGGGAUCAGCCAGCCUUUAUCUUCACUCUGUCCACAACCAGUGGACGCAAAACUCCUUCAGUCUCUGGAGCACUGCGUGGAACUCUCCUAUACAGGCGCCCGGACAGGAUAACUCCAGACACGUCAGACCGGCCACAGUACACUGCCCUGUACAAUCCGCGCCGACAGAUGACCAUUUACAUAAUGUGCGGGACCAGUGGGUGGGAUCCCGACAUCUUCUGUCCAGUACCACGCUGGACACCACGGACUCACCGACACUGACACCGGGCUCUGCGUCAACAUCAGUUCGGAGUGCACGGUCAAUUGAAAUCGAGCCGAGACAGAACGGGUACCAGCCGGCUUCCUUCGGAGCAAAGAGUCCUCCAAAAACCUCAACAUCUAACCGUCUAGAAAUCAUAAGCGAAGACGACAGCUUGGCGAGUAGAGUCGGUAGGACGACAGACACUACAUACGGACGCCGUUCUAAGCCCGUGUCCGCGCUGUCGAUGGCAUCGUGGGCAGAGUACCGCGAGUGGGCGGCGUCGGUGUCGUCCCGGCGCCCGGGAGCAGGCACCUCGAGGCAGAGCCGGUUAACAGACGACACGGCGCUGCCCAGAAGCGGAGGGAGCCGCGGUUCCACCACGCCUACGGUCUACCGUUACUCCUUCCGUGGGAGCGACUUACUGACGCGGCACACCAGCACGGGAAGGACUGUCAUUCCGUUCCCAGAGCAGUCUUUGACUGACCUUCCUGAUCUCCUUCCCGGGACCGCCGACAUCUCAAAAACGGCGGGAAAAGACAAAUUCGGGUGGGUUAAUGAUAUACCUAUUCCUAAAGACCCCGUUUCGCCACCUGUUAGGAGAGGGCGGGAUGCUCUGGGUUCUGAGACUUCGUCGCAGGACAGCGAGGGCACAACACAGUCUAGGACGAAGGAUGCGCCAUCUGUCGGAUCCACACAGAAUUACACGCCGUCGUUUGACUUUCGUCAAUAAGAACAGAUUUGAAAGAUUCUAGUAAGAUUCUGCAUUCUGAUACUAGCGAUUGUGCAUUCGGAACUGUACAUUAUAUUUAACAGAGUGCCAUUCGGCGAAACUCACUAGCUAGGUAGCGGUGGUGUCUGGUUAUACCGCGUUCAAGAACUACUGUCAAAGCUAUAUAAUGCAACACAUUGUAACAUAAUGUGUCUAUUUUUGUGGAUAUUGACUAUGUUGACUUCUAUAAAGGAAAAGGUUGCAACUUUCACUUAGUUGUCCUAGAAAAGUGGUAGUUGCUAACCUGCCAUUACACAAAAUACAAUAAAGCU